AUGAAAAGAGGAGCACGCUGUUUGCCUGAUCGGCCUUUUGGAUCCUUGGCCUGUGACCUCUUCUCUUUUGCACAACCUGUCCAUCCUUCAGCAUCAAUGGCUGGACGUCCAGGAGCAAACACACGGCCCAACAGCGGAGCGACCAAUAAAAUCUGCCAGUUCAAGCUAGUGCUGCUGGGAGAGUCCUCCGUGGGGAAGUCCAGUCUGGUCCUUCGCUUCGUCAAGGGGCAGUUUCAUGAAUUUCAAGAAGCAACAAUUGGAGCGGCGUUUCUGACUCAGACGGUCUGUUUGGACGACACUACGGUGAAGUUUGAAAUAUGGGACACGGCCGGACAAGAGCGAUACCACAGUCUGGCUCCAAUGUACUACAGAGGAGCACAGGCGGCCAUUGUGGUCUUCGACAUCACCAGCGCCGAGUCUUUUACCCGGGCUAAAACCUGGGUGAUGGAGCUGCAGAGACAAGCCAGUCCCAACAUUGUGAUCGCUCUGGCUGGGAACAAAGCCGACAUGGCCAACAAGAGAAUCGUGGUUAAUCAGGAGGCUCAGGAGUAUGCAGAUGAUAACAGACUUCUCUUCAUGGAAACUUCAGCCAAAACUGCCAUGAAUGUCAACGAAAUCUUCAUGGCCAUCGCUAAAAAACUGCCCAAGGGCGACCCACAGGCGGGAGCAGGACCAGCGGGCAGGACCAGGACCGGGGUGGACCUCCAGCAGCAGACCCCCCCAAGUCGGAGCUGCUGCGGCGGCGGGAACUAA